CGCAAAGGACCCAAUCGAUGGGAUUUGUCGGCGCUAAUGAAUUUGGCUUGCCUUAGCGCCAUGUCAUCGGUGCUGGAGAGGCCUGAUAUUUUGAUUUUGAUAUUGAUCAGGAGUGGUCACGUCGCACAGCCUGCACAGCCAGCAACUCUUAUCAGUGACGGAGAAGGAGAUUUGUUUCAACCGCCUUGCAUCUGAAAAAAAAAAUAACACAUAAUAUUAAGGCUGUUUUGAAAUGGAACUGGAUGCCGAUGUGACAUGGCAUACUGUACCAUACCAUACUCAACUCAUACGUACAGUACAG